AUGAAGUUUCUCAGCUGGAUGCAAAAUAGAUUUGGUGGGAAACAAGAGAACAGAAGACCAACCUCAUCAUAUGCAGCUCCUUAUCAAGCAAAACAAGAGCCUCGGGAAGAAUUCAGCGACUGGCCUCAUGGUCUCCUAGCCAUAGGAACUUUUGGAAACAACAAUGAGAUCAAAGAAACCCUAAAUCAUAAUGAUCAGACCCAAAAUCCUCCAGAAGAUGAUCCUUCGUCGUCUGAGGAAUUAGCAGAUUUCACUCCCGAAGAAAUCGGCAAACUACAGAAGGAGUUAACCAGGCUCUUGCGACGAAAACCAAACAAAAAUGUCGAAAAGGAAAUCUCUGAGCUCCCUCUGGAUAGAUUCCUCAAUUGCCCAUCCAGCUUGGAGGUCGAUCGGAGAAUCAGCAACGCUCUUUGCACCGAUCCUGAUGAUAAUCUUACUAACAGAAAUAAUAAAGAAGAAGAAGAUAUUCAGAAGACGCUUAGUGUCAUACUUGGUAAAUGCAAAAACAUUUGUGCAGAUAAUAGCAAGAAAGCCAUAGGGAAGAAAUCUAUUUCGUUUCUGAUAAAGAAGAUGUUCGUUUGUGCGAAGGGGUUUGCCCCACAACCCAGUCUCAGAGAUACCCUACAAGAGUCAAGAAUGGAAAAGCUUUUGAGGACAAUUCUUCACAAGAAUAUAUACUCUCAAUGUUCUCCAUCUCGGGCGUCAUCAUCAAAGAAGCGCCUUGAGGACAGAAAGGCUCUAAGGAAGAGGAAUGAGGAUGAACCUAUAGAAGAGAAAACUGACGAUGGCUGUAAAUGGGUCAGGACUGAUUCUGAAUAUAUUGUUCUAGAGAUAUAAAUCUGCUUUUCUUGGUGCUGUCUCCUUUUUUUCACUUCUUCAGAUGUACAAUAUAACAGUGCCUCAGACUCGAGCGAGAAGUCAAAUAUGUAACAAUGGUGAUUGAAUGAUGAAGUGGAGCUCGCAUUUUUAGAAACAGAGUUCAUCUUUGAUGCUGCAUCAUGAUAUGUAGUGGUGCAGAGUAUGUGUCUCUGUUUUCUCCCCCUUUUUUCAUGGUUGUAUCUGUUAAUGCAGGGCAAUUCAUGUUACAGAAAAUUGUAGAAAGGAUUGAUGUAUUCAUCUGUUCUGUGCUUGUACUCUUAACUCCACUUUUUCCUCUGCCAAGUUGUCAGCUUUUCUCUUUAUAAGAUGAUUUGCAGAUGAAUAAUUCUCAG